AUGGCGACCGAACGAGCGGCGGCCGAGGCAAUCUCGAACCCAAAAAAUGGCCGCUCCAGAAGAUCCGACCAGCCGUACAAAGAGCUCACGCCCGAGGAGAUCGAGGAGCUGAGGAGAAAGUCUCGCCUCUCGAUGCCGGCGCCGAUUCGAAUACCCGUUGCCUCGUUUCUCUCGUUCGGAGUCGGCAUGUGUCUGGGCAUCGCACAAGGCAGUAAAAUGGCAGGACUUCGAUUCCGGGCAGAACACGCACACAAGCUCCCAACUACCACGCCGGGGUGGUUCCUAUAUCACAAGAGCAAGAACUACCACGUCGCCUUUUCGAGCAUCAAGGAAGGGCUCAAAAUGGGAGGACGCGUCAGCAUUUGGACGACAGCCAUGUUUGCCAUUGAAAACAUGUUUGACGUCUGGAGGGGCUACCCGGAUGCCAUCAACACCGUCCUGGCUUCUGUGACGGUCGCUGGUGGCUUCAGCCUAUGGCAUCGAUUCCCGUUGGUGAUGGCGGCCCGGACGACAAAGAUGGCGCUGAUAGCGGGAGUUGCCUAUGGUGGUCUUCAAGACGCGGUUGGAUUCCUACGAGGCCGACCCAUCAGCUAUGUCGAAUAUGUGCGAAAACGCCUUGGAGAGUCGGACGCGUCUAAUUCGAUGACUUGA